AUGGGAACUCACAUCAAUUUCAACAAUUUAGGAGGUGGUGGUGGUCCGUCUGGAGGGGAAGGGAGCAACCAGAUGAAGCCAACGGGUGGUGUCAUGCCCUUGGCGAGGCAGUCCUCUGUUUACUCCCUGACAUUUGAUGAGCUUCAGAACACUCUAGGUGGACCAGGAAGAGACUUCGGGUCGAUGAACAUGGACGAGCUCCUGAAGAGCAUAUGGACUGCUGAGGAAGCUCAGGCCAUGGCCAUGAUUUCUUCUUCUUCAGCUGCUGCUACAGCGGUUGUGCAACCAGGUGCUGGUAUCUCCUCCGGUGGGAAUCUGCAGAGGCAAGGCUCGUUGACAUUGCCUAGAACGAUUAGUCAGAAGACUGUUGAUGAGGUCUGGAAAUGUCUGAUCACCAAGGACAGUAACAUGAUAGGAGGUAGCAGCGGAGGUGGAGGCGGUGGUGACUCGAAUGCGCCUCUUCCAGGGAGGCAACAGACUUUAGGGGAGAUGACACUUGAGGAGUUUCUGUUUCGAGCUGGAGUUGUCAGAGAAGAUAACUGUAGUCAGGCUCAGCAGAUGGGUCAAGUCAAUGGAAGCAACAACAACAACAAUGGGUUUUAUGGUAACAACAGUGUUGCUAACGGCUUAGGUUUUGGGUUUGGUCAGCCAAAUCAAAACAGCAUAUCGUUCAAUGGGAAUAAUGAUUCUGUGAUCUUGAGUCAGUCACCUGGUUUAGGCCUCAAAGUGGGUGGACCAAUGCACCAGCAACAACAGCAGCAGUUGCCACGGCAACAGCUGAAUCAGCCACAUCUACAGCAGCAGCAGCAGCAGCGCCUGCCUCAGACCAUUUAUCCUAAGCAAGCAAAUGUAGCUUUUGGUUCUCCUGUGAGUAUUGUCAACAAGGGUUUUCCCGGGGCUGUGAACAGUAAUAAUGGAUUAGCUAGUUUUGGAGGAAAUGGAGUCACUGUUGCAGCAACUUCUCCAGGGACAAGCAGCGCAGAGAACAAUUCUUUGUCACCAGUUCCGUAUGUGCUUAAUCGAGGAAGGAGAAGCAAUACAGGUCUGGAGAAGGUUAUCGAGAGGAGGCAAAGGAGAAUGAUCAAGAACCGUGAAUCAGCUGCUAGAUCAAGAGCUCGAAAGCAGGCUUAUACUUUGGAACUGGAAGCCGAAAUUGAAAAGCUCAAGCAAGUGAACCAAGAACUACAGAGAAAACAGGCUGAAAUGGUGGAAAUGCAGAAGAAUGAGCUGAAGGAAUCGUCAAAGAAACCGUGGGGCAGCAAAAGGCAAUGCUUGAGAAGGACGCUAACCGGUCCAUGGUAG